AUGGCAGACGCUAAGGCAAGGAGUGAGAGGAAGCAAAAUACAGAUGAGGACUUUAGAAUGAGGAUACACAAUGCUCACAAGUACGUUUUUAUGCUGGUUACUGUAUCCACAGCGGCUCUUUCUAGUGUUACAUUGCUCCUGGAGAAAGUUUUCCACUGUGAGAAUAUAGCCAACAAGUGCUACUUCUCUCUUUUAGUCUCAGGUUGGGCUGUGAUAACUAUUGCUCUACUAUGGUUGAGAAUGAGCUUUGGUGCUUUGGUUGUUUACUUUUGGUUACUAAUACCUGGUCUGUUUAUACUCGUCGUUGUCAUAUACUUUGGCAAUGGAAACGUGGCUCGUAUAAUUUUCAUUUCUGUUUAUGGAAUAAAUGGAGGCCUGGAGGCAUUGAUUUUACAGGCGUCCACAUUUGUGAUAUCAAAGCUAUUUCUUAACUCUGCAAUUUCAACCUUGUAUUCCGGCUAUGCGUUCGGGUUAAUUUCAAUGGGAGUCUUUCAACUCAUUAUGGAACACGUGAUAGGAACAAACACUAUAUCAAAGGUGAGAUUCUGCGCAAUUUUAUGUCACGGAGUAAAGGCAGCCAUAGCAUUUCUCACGGCACUAUGGAUCACAUAUCUCUAUUUAAAGUACAACUGGUAUGUUAGAAGGGUUGAAGCUGAAGAGAGGGUCAUAGAAGAAGAGGAAAAGAAGAAUCGUACUAGCGAAGAAGAAUUGACAAAAAUGCAACAGUUGUCCAAGGUGAUAGCAAUUGUACCAUAUUAUCUCCCUCGUCUUGUUGUUCAGGGAUUUGGAACAACCAUGAGAGUAUUUUUCUAUCCUUAUCUAGUGCCAUUCCUGGUGGAUUUGUCUAACCGAGAGAAGCUCGUCAUCUCGCUUUCCUACACAUUAUUUGACUUUGUGGGUACGAAUUAUGCGGGAAACUUUGAUGAAACGAUUGACCCAUCUGAAAAGACUCCCUCUCAGUCUCAUCUUUCAUUUGUGUUGUCGAGGGAUAUCAAUCUUUAUAUUUUGGGGUUUUCGUCGAUUUCCGUGGCUGGAUUUGUUGUGUGGAACAUUUGGACCUGUAAAUUCAGAUUAGCAAAGUCUUCACUUGUGCUCUUGUGUGUGACAUCUCUGCAUGGUUUUAUAGGAGGGCUCCUUACUGGAAGAGGACUAAAUGGUUCAUUUUCCCUCAUUGAGUACUACAACACUCAGACGAGGGCAGACGGAACAAAGAUUAUAGGAGAUGAUAUAAUAAGCCUCGGAAAUAUAAUAAACGACGUUUGUUUUAUCUAUGAUUAUGCCAUCGCUUUUGUAAUAUCUACACUUUCUAACAUUACCGAGAGACUCAUAGUCAAUCACAAAAAUUCCAGAGAGUAUAUUCUCAGCAACAACAAGGGCGAUUUAUCAAUCGAAACUGUACAAGCCCUAUUAACGCAGUUUAAAGUUGGUUGA